UUGUUUUAUUCGCAGGAAGAAGAUAUACAUUAAACCGUAAAGAAGAAGAAUAUGUUGUUAAUGAUCAUUUUGAGCAACCGAAGGUUGAGUUAGCGAUGGAAAGAAAUGUGAUUCAUGAACAGCAGGAACAAGCCUACACUCAGGUAGAAGGAGGGAUGUCAAGGAGAGAUUGCCAGCAACAGUAUGUGCCACGUGGAUCCCUCCAGAACCAAAGAGGUCAUCGAGGUGCUCGAAGAGGCUAUUCCAAUGCCCGAGGAGGUAGAGCUGGUGAUGGUGGCUACUCGAAUGGGUGGUAUGAAUCUUAUGAUAAUUCCGGUGGAAACAGUUACCAAAGGAGCUACUACAACAGCAGAGGAAGGGGGCAUGGUGGUGGAAAUGGCUAUUCAUACAACAACCACCGAGACUCUAACGUCACCGUUGCGUCUUCGCUUCUCUGCCUUUGGCUUUUGUGUGCGCCUCAUUAGUUUACUCAAGUUUCCUAUCACUUAUAUAAUUUUCUUUUUGGUUGCGAAAUGUGAAAUAAUGAUCUUUUUUUUUAUGAGAGCCAGUUUAGAUAGUCAAGCAUAGAUCGUUACAUAUUCAUACAAACAUCACAAACAAUUAGUAUGAUUUAUUAUUUUGAUUUCUUUCUUGAUUAUAUGAU